AUGUCUAGCAACUCUGCAACGCCUGUGAUUAGCACAGAGGCAGAAUCUGUGAUCCCGGGAUUGCACUCGCUUCCAGCUACUCAAUUGAAUAUCACGAGAGAACAAACUAAUGGUAUCACGCCAAAACCAGGUGCAGGAUUACAGCACACUCUAGGCAGUCUACAGAUUUUCCAGCAUUUACCGGUGAAUGCCAAGCUUGGGGUUGAUGACUUGACUCGUACCAAGAUGGGGUUGCUGAGCGGCGUGGACGAGGAAGUGAAAUUUGCCCUCAAGAGGUGUUUGAAGUACAGUGUCAGUGCGCCAUAUGUGUUGAGAUUGAGCGAGAAUCACGAUUUAUUAUCAAUUAUUAUACCAUUUGUCACUGCUUGUAGAGAAUAUAUUCCACAGCUUGUGGGUCCCGUUUCAAACCAAGCGCUUGAGGCUCUACAAAAGGGGUCUACCACGAUGCUUCUUUUGCGGAACUUGGCACAGGAUUCGGACAAUACUUCUAUUCUAGCUAACGAUAUCGAAUUGAAGUCGUUCGUGUUGUUUAUCCUAGAGUGGGCCAACACUUUCAACUCGGAAAAAUCCCCCAUCUUCCAAUCUCAUACCUCUUAUUUCAGCGAAUUGUUGAUAUACACAUUAGACCUCAUGGAGGCUAUUUCGUCAUACAUUGCCCCGGCUAAGAAGGAUGAUUUGUACUUCCAAAAUCUGUGCUUGAUCUUCCGUUAUACAAAGGACAGAUAUUGUGUCAUUUCCAUUCUUAGGUCGCUAUCUAGGCUAUUGGUCAGAUCUAAAUCCGAUGAAGAAAGUGCCGCUGAUAAUCUCGAUGACGGUAUCUUGAAUAAAAUUGUUCAGAACCUUUUAAUAGACCGCGAUGAGGAGUUGAUAAUAGCUUCCUUGGACUUCUUGUACCAAUAUAUCCUUCCGGGUUCCGAAAGAAUUAGAAGAUUACUCUCACAAAGGGAGAGAUACGAUAUAUUAACUACCAUGCUUCCUGUGCUACUUGUCUAUCGUGUUCAGACCCCUGAUUAUCAGUCCCUUGCAAACACUCACAUUAAACUCAUAAAACGUGUGAAACCAACUCCUCCAGCUCAUGCACCAGAAUUACCUAAGGGAUUGCUGAAAGAACUAUUUGAGUUGAAUGAACCAAUGCGCGCAACGUCGUGGUUGAAAUGCUGUUUUGAAAGAUCCCCAAACGCGGAAGUGACUCAGAUCUUGCUGUGGAAAACAUAUGAACAAACCUUUAGUGAACAGGUUAAACAAACAGAUAGAAAACUUAUUACAGCUGUUGACUUUAUUAAAAAUGUAUCGAAUGCUCUACCUGGUGCUUCUGCCCUCGUAGUAGUUGAUGAAGCAACGUCUAAGAAGAAGUUUGUAAUAAGGGGUAUUCAACCUCGUAGAAAAGCUCUCACCAUCGAUGAAGCAAAUAAGGACAUAAGCCAGACACGCAUUGUUCAAAGUGACAGUGAAUCUGACGGGUAUGAAAGUACUACUGAGGCAUCACAGAUAAAACUACCAGAUAUACAGUUCCCAAACAAACUAUCUGAAGUUUCUAAAGCCAGUGCAUCUUUCUUGUCUCUUUUAUCCAAUGAUACUACCGAAAGUGUAUUACAAUUUAUUAGAGAUACGAAACCUGCAAUAUUACAUCGCACAGCCGAUGUACCUCCAUUGAAUGAAGUCCUUGCAGAUUUCAUACAUUCGACUUCAAUAUAA